AUGGAGUCGUCCACAAACGGGUCCAGUUUUGGGAUCGACUCGCUGCUGUCCCACAGGCCGGGAAGUCCGGUGUCCAAAGGGGACAGCCUGGUCGGGGAGUGCCGCUCGCCCCUGGAGUUCAGCCCGAGGUCGGACGUGGAGAGCGGCUGCUCGUCGCCUCCGUCGCCGAGGAGGGAGUGCGUGGACGAGGUGGCCCAGAGGCAAGGUCACGGCGUGGGCCUGCCGCCGCACCUGCAGCACGCACAGAUCUCUGCGGGGUCGCAGCAGAGGACCGUGACCUCGUCGUUCCUCAUCAGAGACAUUCUCGCGGACUGUAAGCCUCUGGCCGCCUGCGCGCCCUACUCCAGCAAUGGGCAGCCGACCCAGGAGGGGGGGCGGCUGGCCUCGAAGAUCGCUGACGACUAUAUGGAGAAAAUCCACAGCAACUCGUCGUCAGACAGUGAAUAUAAAGUGAAAGAGGAGGGGGACAGGGAGAUCUCCAGCAGCAGAGACAGCCCUCAUGUGCGGAUGAAGAAGCCCAGGAAGGCCCGCACGGCCUUCACCGACCACCAGCUGGCGCAGCUGGAGCGCAGCUUCGAGCGGCAGAAGUACCUGAGCGUCCAGGACCGCAUGGAGCUGGCGGCCUCCCUCAACCUCACGGACACACAAGUCAAGACUUGGUACCAGAACCGGAGGACGAAGUGGAAGAGGCAGACAGCGGUGGGACUCGAGCUGUUGGCGGAGGCUGGAAACUACUCCGCCCUGCAGAGGAUGUUCCCGUCCCCGUACUUCUACCCGCAGAGCCUGAUGUCCAACCUGGACCCCGGGGCGGCCCUCUACCUGUACAGGGGCCCCACGGCGCCGCCGCCGGCCCUGCAGAGACCCCUGGUGCCGCGGAUCCUGCUGCACGGCCUGCAGGGAGGCAGCGAGCCGCCUCCUCUGCCCCCCAUGUCCGGCGUGCUUUCCCGGCCACCUCAGCAGCGGUGA